AGGGCGUAAGCGUUUCAGCCCUUUGAUAAAGGUUCUUAUGUUUUAGAGACGACAAAGCUCUUUCAAAUGCAUCAACAUUCAUGCGAAGUAUGGGAAUCUUUUUCUGUUUAAUCUUUCUUGCAUUGCAAGCGCAAUGUAGUGGCAACACGCCGCACUUCACAUUCAGCCAGAAGCACUCAACAGAAGUUUAUCGAGGACAAAGUGUGAAUUUMACAUGGAUGUUUUCCAAUCAUUCGCUUUUUCGGGGCGCGUUUGGCUUAUAUGAAACAAGAUUAGAAUUAGUUUCAACUCAUCUUUUGACAAUCGACAAGACAAACAGUGGUCUCAACAUCACAGUUCUCGAAAACGCGGAAACCAAAGAUUACAAAGGUCGCUUGAAAUGGUUUGGUGACUUGACCAACAACAAAAUUAUCAUUGAACUUUCAAAUAGUCAGUACAAAGACAAGACAUAUUAUGGGUUAGAGCUUGAAUUUGAAGACAAAGACUACACAACGAUUUACAACUACACAAAGCUCUUCGUGAAGGUUCCAUCUAUCUUUACCUCCAGUCCCGGUUUACUGUCGCUCUUGCGCGGUAACACAGCUCGUUUUUCAUGGAAAUACUCUCUUAAUGAUGAAGACAAGAAACUCUUAACAAAGAUGAUAUUUGGUGUUUAUCAGCAGAGCAAUUUCAAAGAGUUAUGCUAUAUUGAAGUAAMACCAAUGAAGUCAGAUUGCUCAAAAGGGAAAGCCAAGAACAUAUAUAUGGAUUUAUACAACAGUUUGACUUUUGAAAUCAGCCAACUUGAACUUAAUGAUGAAGGAACUUACGCACUUCGCCUGGAAGGGACACAGAUACCGAUGGAGAAUCAAACUACUGUCAUUGUCUUAGAUCCUCCCAACAUUAAAGAAAACCCAAAAAGUUUAACCGUCAAGGAGCACGAAUCGUUCGUGUUAACUUGUACCACAACAGGAAAGCCAGUGCCAAUGAUCACGUGGUACAAGGACGGUCAUGUGAUUCAAGCAAAGUUUAAUGACCACUAUAUCGUUAACAAUACGCGCAAAGAGGAUGCUGGGACGUAUCAYUGUGUUGCUGGAAAUAAGGUUGGAAAUGCUACGUCGUCGACUGCAAAUGUGGACGUCCAAUAUACACCCAUCAUCAAUACAACAAAGAAGUUCACCGUAAAACAUGCUGUUAUUGGUAGUCGAAUACAGYUGAAGUGUCCCACCCUUGCUAAUCCAMCAGCAAAAAUACARUGGUAUGGUGAAAAUCUACCCAAUCGUCGAUACGCUGGGCCAGUAAUAAAUAUCGACAUAAGGAACAAGCAUUACUACGGCAACUAUACUUGUCAAGCUAGCAACUCCCUUGGUAUGGAUCAAGCAUGGUUUAUGGUCGAAGAAGUUGGUCCACCAAGUACGCCCAAAGUAGACUGCGAAAAGCAAGGUAGUCACAGCAGAGUUGCAGUAUUUCGUUGGAGUUUUCCAGCAGAUGACGGUGGUGCACCAGUUCUUGCCUACACUGUUAAACAACGCAUAAACCUAGAUAGUGACAAUUGGACUAGCAUUAAUGUCAGUGAUACUAAAACAUGGGUCAAGAUUYCUUUAGAAUGGGAAGCGAUCGUAGAGUUUACAAUUACAGCAUGGAAUAGAUACGGCGAGAGCAAGCUGAACCUGGAYAACUCGUGUAUUUAUACUAUUGGAAAAGAUCCAUCCUUGACUACGGUUGCUACGUCCAAACAAACCGCAGCGCCUACGUCCAAAACUACGUCCAAACAAAUGACUGUGGCAGCGGCUGCACAAGAUGGCUCUAACGACAAUCAAGAGAUAAUGGUCUAUGUGGGAAUAUGUAUAGCUUUACUUGCCCUCAUUGCUGUAGUCAUCCUGUUGAUUGCUUAUAAAGUAAAGAAAAACCGAUCAAAAGACAGCGAAUGGAAAGACCGUCAAAAUCUGAGCUACGACCGUGUAUUGAGUAUUGAAGGUAACUCGUGGGACCCCACGUCGGCGAAUGAUAGGCUACUGGGUUCUCUACCUCGAACACGGAAACAAACAAUGGUUGGAGUUCCUUCAUAUCAGCUUGAUCCUGCAUGGACCAUUCCAAGAGAAAAGAUAUGUGUGAUGAAGGUUAUUGGCAACGGUGCGUUUGGUCUUGUCUACAAAGGUCGUAUCCAUGGUGCUGGAUCGAAUACUGUUGGUUGGGAUGUAGUUGCAAUUAAAAGCCCGUAUGCUGAUGCAACUGAUGCGGAAGUUCGAGAUCUGAUGAAAGAAUUUGAAUUACUGAAAACACUCAAGCCACACCCUCACGUGAUUAAGCUWCUUGGAUGUGGCGAAGACGAAGGGCGUCCACUAGUGAUUAUUGAAUACGUUCCGUUUGGAGAUCUGUUGGGUUAUCUGCGUAAGAGUCGUGGACAAGAAGAUGAUUACUACUCUGAUCCCGAGAUCAAACCCAAUACAAAUCUAUCAUCUCAACAGCUUAUAAGAUUUGCUUGGCAUGUCGCUGAUGGAAUGGCUUAUCUUGCCUCGGAGAAGAUCAUCCAUCGUGAUCUAGCAGCGCGCAAUGUUCUCGUAGGCGAUGGUCUUUCYUGCAAAGUGACAGACUUUGGUAUGGCAAGAGAUGUGAGUAAUGAUGACAUCUACCUAAGGACAACGGAGGGACGUCUUCCCGUCAARUGGACGGCCAUUGAAGCUUUGACUGGAAAUGGCGAGUACACAACUCAAAGCGAUGUGUGGAGCUUUGGUGUGGUGCUGUAUGAGAUAUCCACAAUAGGCGUUGAUCCUUAUCCUGGGAUAAACGGCAAAGAAAUUCCAGAGCGUCUGGACAGUGGUUACAGAAUGCCGCGUCCUGGSCAUGUUGAYCCUGAACUGUGAGUACAGACUUGUGUC